GGCGGCCGCCCGCCUCUGCCGCCGGGACACUCAAAAUCAGAAGCAACUCCUGAAAAUUUGUCCGUGUGUGGCAGUGGUUACCAUCCAGUUACCUCCGUGGGGAUUCAGCCUGCCAGGCUCCCUUGGCUGCUGGUGCCGAAGGACAGGUCGGUUUGGGCUGGGAAGGACUCCUGGUCUGGUAAUGGGAACGCUGGUGUGAGCUCCGCGAGGGGAGCCCCAAGUGCAGAGCGGAGAUUCGUAUCACCCAGCUGAGGACAAGGAAGAAUAAACCAGAGCUGAUCCACUUCCAUCCCACGGGAGUGCUCCUGGGAGGCUUGGCGCCUUGGAGGAGAGAGGAUGGCUCAGGAGACAAACCAAACCCAGGUGCCUCUGUUGUGUACCACAGGCUGUGGAUUUUAUGGCAGCCCCCGGACCAACGGGAUGUGCUCCGUUUGCUAUAAGGAGUUUCUACAGAGACAGCAGAGCAGUGACCGGAUAAGCCCCCCAGCACCCAGUGGUCCCAACAGCAGCCCCAUGGCUUCAGAUUCAAUUGCAGGGCAGCGUGCAGAGGGAGACUCCGUGCCUGAGGAUGCGAAAGCCAGUGCUCAGACUCCUGUGACCCAUCAGAUGACAGCCAUGAGCAUAUCCAGAGAAGAAAAGAGCAGUGAGACAGAAGAAUUCAUCAAGACAGAAGAAGCCUCAUCAGCAUCUUCCUCAUCAGGUACCCUGCUUGAAAUAUCCCAGAACACAGCUGAGGGCAAGACAGCUUCAGAAAAACCGAAACAGAAGAAGAAUCGCUGCUUCACUUGCCGGAAGAAGAUAGGGCUAACUGGCUUCGACUGCCGCUGCGGGAACCUGUUCUGUGCCAUUCACCGGUACUCCGACAUGCACGCCUGCCCCUACGACUACAAGGCAGAAGCUGCCGAGAAGAUCCGUAAGGAGAACCCCAUCGUUAUCGCUGAGAAGAUCCAGAAGUUGUGAAGGGGUCUGAGCCGCUCGAACUGCAGCCAGGUGGCCUGGUGCUCCUCUCCUUCCUCCCAGCCUUCCUCCUCUUCCUCCCAGCCUCAUCGGUGGUGCGAUGGGGACUCCAGCAGCACCACACAAACCAGCACCCGGACAUGGGGACUCCUCGCACCUCUUUGGCAGACAGUUGGCGUUCCUUCUCUCCCUUCCUGCCUGUCCAACAGCCACAGCUCAGCUGAUCCAUUCUCGACCAGCUUCCCAAAGGAAAAGAGACCAUCCUGCCCCACCGCUCCAGUGCUAAGACCUUUGGACUUGUCUUCCACCGGGGUGGUUUGUGUGGCGCAGGCAGCAGGGCUCUGCUGGGCAGCCUUUCCCUUCAGCCGGGAGCUCUGAGUCCUGCGAACCGCCCGGGACUCACGGCUGGAGCCCCUGAGCAGCCGCUGGACUUUGUUCCCUCUGCCCCACUGUCUCUUUGUGGCAGAUGUAAAACCGGGAGCUGGGGAAUCGCGGCAGCAAGGCUGCCUUCUGCUUCCCGAGAGGUGUUUGGUCUCAGAUGCAGAAAAGAUGAUUCUGUAGUUUUAAUGCCCCAAAUACCCCUCCCCUCCCUUUGAGAUGCUGUUUUUGAAGCACCGAGGUGGUUAAGCAGCAGAGCACCGGCACAGUAAAGUUAUUUUGUGGCUUGAAGCGACGUAGACGCGCUCCAGCUGCAGGUCGGGACCUUUAGGAAAGUACCGCUCGCUGCCUCGUGCCUCUCGCCGCCGGGAGGGAGCCAGCCUGCCGGGCUCGCUGCAUCCAGGGACGUGGCUGGGCUGCGAGCCACCCUUGCACCAGCCUCCCGUGCUUCAGCACACCCUGAAUAACCGCUGGCCGCUUCCCAAGCGAGGUUUGUUGUAACGCAGCGGUGCCUGCGCCCCUCCUCUCCCCUCUCCUCCCUGCCUUCUGCCUUACACGAUUCUUUCUCAUCGGGGUUGUGCACAAAGCUCAGAUCAUCAAA